ACUCAAAUUUUAGCCGCGUGUAGGCAGGCCAGAAGUUGGGCCGCAGCAGAGUGAGUGGCUAGGGGAUUUCGAAGACCACCUGCGCUGGCGGCGUACCUCCCGGCGGCGCUCUUCCCCGGCGGCUCCUCCAUGCCUCCAUGAGCUGAGAGACGCUCCUCCCGGCUGACUCCACUCGUAACUGCGCCGCCCGCCUUGUGAGAUGGAGCUGCGGUCGGAGCCUCGCCUCCGCUCGCUACCGACGCCUGGACCACCCCGUAGUCCACGGCCGCCGGGCUUCCCUGAUGGAGACGAGCCGGACAGGAUCAGCGCCCUUCCGGACGAGAUGCUGCUCCAGAUCCUCGCCCGCCUCCGCUGCGGCCGCGCCGCCGCCCACACGAGCGGCCUCUCCCGCCGCUGGCGCGGCCUCUGGAGGCACCUCCGCGAGCUCUCCUUCCGCGGCAUGCCGGCCAACGCAAUCAACGCAGCCCUCGACCAGGUCGCCGGCCAGGCUCUGACCUUCCUCGAGGUAGACAUCCCUGAGGAGCACAGGGUUCUGGAACAUGCCCGCGUCUCGGCGCUGUUCCUUGCCGCGGCGCGUCUUGCGCCGGCAGACCUCGUGUUCAGCCUCUGGGGCAACGCCUACGAUAAAGAUGGGGACAUUCCUAUCGAGAUGCCCUCCUUCGAGAGAACCACCUCCAUCAAGCUGGACGUGAUGGACCACGUUCUAAUCCCGCCGGCAGGGGCCGUUGAGUUCCCGCUGCUGGAGAAGCUGUCCAUCGUCUGCUGCCACAUCGACACGGCGGAGCUGGUCCGUCGGUGCCCUCGCCUGCGCCUGUUCGAGAUGGAGGUUUUUCCCUCGCAAGAUGUCGCCGCAAACCGUAUCAAAGUCCACUCACCCACGAUUGAGGACCUUGUGGUGAAGGUGGAUGACGUCCAACUGCAUAGCCUGGACAUCAUGGCCCCCGUGCUUAAGCGCUUCAGCCUGCGGGUCAACAUGGCCAAGGAUUUCACUGUUUCGUUCUCAGCUCCAAUGGUGGAAAAUAUCCGGUGGGAUUGCCUGUGUGAGGACGAAAAUGUUGGGUUUGGUGAGAAAUGGCGUCUGUGCUACCUGAAGCUAGUGAUGAAGGAGAAUGUAGGCGUCCUACGGAUGUCGAUAUCUUGUGAGGGUUGGAAUUGGAUGCUACCUGACCGGAGCUUUUCUCAGGAGAUAGCACAGCUUCCCGCCUUUUCUGUUCUGGAGUUAUAUUUACAAUCGAAAGACCAUUGUAUUGGAGCACUGGUAUCGCAUCUGCUUGGAGUCUGUUCCUCUAUACGAAGACUCAAGGUGGUUAUUGGACAAUAUGUGAGCACAGAAGGCUGCUCACCAAAUUGUCCUUGUGAUCAACCCCAAAACUGGAGAAAUGAAAUUAUAUCUUUGAAAGCUCUUGAAGAAGUGGAAGUUACAGGUUUUGAUGGACUUGAUAGUGAAGUUGAUUUCCUGAAGCUUCUCUUCAGAUGUGCGCCUUUGAUGAAGAGCAUGACCGUUGUAUUGGCCCCUGAGUUUUUACUAGCCGACGAAUAUUGUGAAGAAAUCUAUAGCAUCUUUGAGGCAAAUCCUCAUGUCAAAUGCUCUGUUGAUCGCACCUCUUGCAAGGGCUAAGCAGGUUCUGAAUCCGUGGUCCUCAAUCUGUCUUGUCUCAAAAGUUGAGUUCAUGCAUUUCUCUAGCCUAGUUUUACGCUGUUGCUUAAGAAACUAGAUCUGUUUGAUCAACAUCUGCCCUCUGUCUCGGCUAUCAAAUGAAAUGCAUGUAAGACUGGUUCUUUGGUUCAGACUAACGAAAGGGAUCAUGACCA